UCAAACAAAAACAACGUGCUCAACAAGAUGACAAAUUUACGUAAGGAACUGGAGAAAUGCAAACAUCCCAACAGCCGUAAAACUAAGGCGCUGGGCAAAAAGGCACGCAGACAGAAUAACAAACAUAAAGUGCGACUCGGCCAUGCGAUUAAAAGCAAUAUAAUGGGCGAGAAGCUGAGCUGGUUUCUCGGUCACAUUGAUGAGGAACGCACUACGCCGCUAAGCCCACAGGAGUUCGAAGAGCUAAUUGCACUUUAUCUGCAACGAUUCGACGAGGAGCUGCAACAAAUAGCGCUAAAACAAUCGAUAGGCAAACAUCGCGCCAACCAACACGCAGCUCGCCAAGAUGUCAUAAAAAUAACGCUAGAAAGGGAGCGCAAUGAGUACGAGAGCGGCGGCAUGGAAUUGCUGAACCUUUGCGAUCCGGCCAAAUUCAAAAUGCUGCACGAUUGGGAUGGCAGCGCAUUGAGUGUUCAGCACUUAAAGCUAGAUUUGGUUUCACACAAUAUGCUGCAGCGGCUUAAGCAGCCAACGGCGACCAGCACCAGCGCGGAUCAAAUGGAAACACUCUAAAAUCGCGAUCUUUGUUAUAUUGAUUUCAA